ACAAAAACGAAGAACCGUCUUAUUUGUUAUAUCAAUUAUAUCACGAGACGUUUUCCAGAUUCCUGUUACCCACCCACCCUGUUCUGGAAUCCGUGGGAACACGAUUCGUGUUGCGCAUGGUGUAUCGACUAUAAAUAGAUGUUUUCUCGCGUAGAUCGUACGUCUUGAGCCAGGAAAACAUUGGAGCGGAGAGCAUAUAAUACGCUCGGUCGGGCCUCGUGUCACGUCGAAUGAGACGACGUUCAAGCCCCGACCUUCUCUCUGUCCUUCGAAUCAAGAGGAGAGGAUGCAUCAUUUGGCUACACCUUGUUCUGAUCCUUAGAUACAUUUAGGUAGACGAGUAUUGGGUCCAAAAGGAAGUCAAAACGAAGACCUUCCAGCCUUCUCGUAGGGAGAAAACGUAUCGACUCUGUCCACGCAGCUUCUACAUAUAUGCGAAUUUUGUACAAAAAGAAAAACACCAAGAAACAACGAUCCUCUCGCGAAAGACGCCAAGUAACUUGGGAGAGGGUGUUGCUCGAGGGACAAAAGGCAAAGGCACAUACAUACACGCAUCAAGCGGCAACUUUCUUGCUGGUCACUUUUCCUCCUUUAUUGUUUCCUUCGCCUUUUGUAUCUACGUAACAAGUUUAGAACGGAAGAGAGAAAGAAAGAGAGAGAGAGAGAAAGAGAGAGAGAGAAAAGAAUCAUCUCGAUUCAUCGUCCGAUUAGCAACGAAUCUUCUCCGAUUAUCUUUUUGUUCUUUUCUUCUUAGAAGUUUUUCUUAAGAAGAUUAAAAAAAAAGAAAGAAAAAGAGAAGAGAGAAAAGGGAAGAACAGGUUUUUAGGAACAAAUUGUUGACGAACAAUCGCCGAUAUUUAGCCUUGUGCUUCUUCUUUUUCCUCGAUGAUCAUUAUGCUCAACUCGUGCUGUGCUUUUUUCUACCGUGCUUGUACGCAUGCUGCGAGUGUUUUUUCAGUGCUGUAGUGUCACACGUUAAUUAUUAAAAGCAGGCUUAACGAGCCUUCGAUCGAACGCCAAACGUCUCGUCGGCCCAGGUACCUGGGAAUAUUCCUGCGAUGCCUGUUAGACGAGGUCACGUGGCGCCCAGGACAACGAUCAUCGAAACCAUCAUCAGGAAAUUCGAUACGCACGAUCGAAGUUUUUUAGUGGCCAACGCUCAACAGGGACUAUGUCACAUAAUAUAUUGCUCGGACGGUUUCUGCCGGCUGACAGGCUUUUCGAGGGCGGAAGUGAUGCAGAGACCGGCGAUCUGCGAGUUCCUUCAUGGGCCAAUGACGUCGCCCCAUGCGGUCGCGGCCCUCCGCGACGCCCUCGCCGCCGGCGUCGAAAAGCAUUUCGAGAUCCUUUACUACAGGAAAGACGGCACCAAGUUUCUGUGCAGCGAGGUGAUAGCGCUAAUAAGGAGCGAGGUGGACGAGAUCUGCUUGCAAAUCAUAAAUUUCGAGGAUUUGAGCUCGCAGCCAUCCCCGCAGCCUGCGAUUCCGCCCCCAAGCCAGACCAACAACAGGCUCGUCACACGCUUCGACAGGGCAAGGGCGUCGUUUCGUGCUGGCCUCUCGAGGACCGGUGUCGUUGGUCCACCAAGGGUCAGGAAUCGGCCGAGAACCACGACCAACUUACCUCAUCGACUUGCUGACGGGACCAUCCUCGACGAGGACGCCUCCGAGAACUGCCCACUAACAUGUGGUUCACCUACAAUGAUGGAAUCUUGGGGUCCUGGGAGGACUGGCACACCCCCGCCUGCUCUUCCACCCCCUCCACCUGGGGGCAACAACGGUGGUGCAACGUCUGCAGCAACCGCAACCGUUGCACAGCCCAGCACGACCGCGCCGAUUGCCAGCCCGGAAGGGGUGAGCGACGUCUCCCAAAAGUCUGGAAUUUGGGAGGGGGGGAACUUCUCGGCGGCUGGUGGCGCGGAGGGACCUUCCCGAAGCGUGUCGCACGCGGCGAGCUUGGACGCGAUCUCGAGGAGGGCGGUGAAACGAACGGCGAGGGUUCCGUGUCGCAGCCUCACCUGCAGCGUUUUAGCGGGCCGAGGGAGCGAACACGUCACCCUCGAGCGGCGACCAGCGACAGUCGAUAAUCUCACGGAAGCAACUAAACAUUCGAAAAUCUUUCCCGGCGUCGCGUCCGAAAGUGACUUGCAAAAAUGGCGGAUGUCCAAAGACCGGAAGUCGCCAUCCCUCAGCCAGAUGGGGCCAGAUUCCAUCAAACACAAAUUCUCCUUGCAGGACAACGGGUCCGCGAAAUACUUUCAAGGAGCGAUGCACACGUCGAACAUGGGAGAAAAGGUAGCCCAGGUGCUGUCCCUUGGAAACGAUAUCCUCCCAGAGUACAAAUUACAGUCACCUAGAAUCGGCAAGUGGACCAUACUACACUAUUCACCCUUCAAAGCGGUCUGGGACUGGGUGAUACUGUUGCUCGUGUUGUACACCGCCAUAUUCACCCCGUACGUAGCCGCCUUCGUCCUGUCGGAUCCGGAUUACAACAGCAGGAAGAACAAAAAGUACAGUGACGAUCCCAUCGUCAUCAUAGACUUCAUAGUCGACGUCACUUUCAUAGUGGACAUCAUCAUAAAUUUUCGCACGACUUUCGUGAAUAGCAACGAUGAAGUGGUGUCCCAUCCUGCAAAGAUAGCCGUCCAUUACUUGAAGGGUUGGUUCAUCAUCGACUUGGUGGCGGCCAUACCCUUCGACCUUUUUCUCGUUGGCUCUCACACUGACGAGACGACCACCUUGAUAGGACUAUUGAAGACGGCUCGUCUUUUGCGACUCGUCAGAGUAGCCAGGAAGAUCGACAGGUACAGCGAGUAUGGAGCUGCUGUUUUACUACUUUUGAUGGGCACCUUUGCUCUUAGUGCCCAUUGGAUGGCGUGUAUAUGGUACGCCAUAGGAAACGCGGAGAGACCAACGUUGAAGAGCAAAGUCGGUUGGCUCGAUAUUCUUGCCAACGACACGCAUCAGUUUUAUUUUCACAACAACACCGGUGGGCCGAGUAUAAAGAGCCGCUACAUCACAGCACUGUAUUUUACCUUUAGUAGUUUAACAUCGGUGGGUUUUGGAAACGUGGCUCCAAACACGGACACCGAGAAGAUAUUUACUAUAAUCGUUAUGCUAAUUGGAUCUUUGAUGUAUGCCAGUAUCUUCGGUAACGUCUCGGCGAUCAUUCAGAGGCUUUACAGCGGCACAGCAAGAUACCACACGCAGAUGCUUCGAGUUCGAGAGUUCAUCAGAUUCCAUCAGAUCCCGAAUCCGCUUCGUCAGAGGUUGGAAGAGUACUUUCAGCACGCUUGGACGUACACGAACGGGAUCGACAUGAACAGCGUUCUGAAAGGAUUCCCCGAGUGCCUUCAGGCGGACAUCUGUCUUCAUCUGAACAGAAAUCUUUUAAACAACUGUAGAGCCUUCGAGGGCGCCAGUCCCGGUUGUUUAAGGGCGUUAUCGUUAAAAUUUAAAACAACACACGCGCCACCCGGUGACACGUUGGUUCAUCGAGGGGACGUGUUAACGUCCCUUUACUUCAUAUCGCGAGGCAGCAUAGAGAUAUUGAAGGGCGACGUGGUGAUGGCCAUACUGGCGAAGGACGACAUAUUCGGGGAGAAUCCUUGCAUAUAUCCGACCGUUGGCAAAGCGUCUUGCAACGUGCGAGCGUUGACCUAUUGCGAUCUGCACAAGAUACACAGGGACGAUCUACUCGACGUUCUGGCCCUUUAUCCAGAAUUCUCGAAUCACUUCAGCCAGAAUCUCGAGAUCACUUUUAAUCUGAGAGACGAGGAACAGGCUGGUGUCGAUCCAAUAUCAGCAAGGUUUCCUGUCAGUACUCCAACGGACGUCGAUGCCGACGCUAGGAGAUUCGCUUUCCGUCCACCAAGAUACCGUCGAGGACCCGGUGGUCCUGGCACCAAUCUUAUCCCCACUGGUCGACAAGACUCCUUACAGGGUGAUCAGGAAGAUUACGACAAAGGAAGCGGCCACGGAAUUCUAGAGUUCAGCACCGACAAAGCCGGCCAAGAUGUGACGCCAUUGAACCUAGAAUUCGACGAGCCAAAACAGAGGAGCUCCACGUUGAACUCCAUAACCGGUGAGAAUGAGAAUCGCGUGUACUCGGUCGAUCGAAAUUUCUUCCUUUAUUUUCUUCUUUUUCACCAAUUCUUUCUCUCUCUCUCUCUCUCUCUCUCUCUCUCUUCUUCUUCUUCUCGUGCUUCAAGUAUAUUAAUAUCGCUGCUACUCGUAGCGGCCGCUUAUCGACCGAGCGAAAAAUCGAUUAAUCUCCCCCCUCCCCCCUUUUUCGUUUCAUUUUCCAUCCGCAGCAGGCCCCCAACGAAGGAGCCGAUGUCGACGUCCUCGGGUACGUCGCGAUUGACCGUCACCUCGGACACGUCCGCGUUGGCCACGGCCUUGCAAACGGCGUUGAACGGGAGAACGGCGCCCACCAGGUCCCAGAGCCAACCCGUCGACCUGGCCGUGCCGCCCCCGUCGCAACAGGCGCAUCUGCCGCACGCGUGGCACAGCCAACCCGCUGCAUUCAGGAGAGGAGAGUUCAGGAGCGGGUACAGUUCGUUCAACAAGCGAUCAGAGCCGGAGGGUGAGGAUCCGUGGAGCUGCGUGGUGUCGGUUUCGGAUCGAGGGGGUUCCCAGCGUCCCCGAAGCAGCGAGUCCCGAAAGGAGCCGACGAAUCAUCGCGGUUCCAGCGAGCUUGGCGCCGCUCAACGCACGGAGAGCAGGCAACCAGGCCGGGACGAGGCCACCCCGGGGCAGAGGCAAGAGUCCUCGAGGCAGACGAGCGAGGACAUCUCGUGGGAGUUCACGAUAAACGAAGCGCCGAUCGCGAGGCUGGAAUCGUUGGACGAACUCGAUCAGGAUCACGUUAGUUAAGGCCAACGUUCCUCCCCCCGCCCCACACCCCACCCCACACCUCCCUCCCUUCCUUUUCGAAGCAAAGAAAAAAAAUUGCAGACUCGCUUGCGACUGAAAACGCGACGAAGCGUCGCCGGGGAUAUCGGCGGCGAUUAACGAUCAUUCGGAUGGCUGUGGACUCCUUCCGUUCCCUCUUGGAGGAUCUAACAAACCUGUGGCGCCAGGAUUGAACCCGCCCCUCGAUCGAUUUUCUCUUGGAGAUCUCUUUAAUCGAAUCUUCAUCCUCUCCUCUCUUCUUUGCGACCUUCGGGCAGGACGAAAGCGAGAUUAUUCGUUACAUUUCCUCCCUCGCUUAUUUUUCCUACUUUUCAUUCACCCUCUUCGAGAGAAUAUUCGUCCCCCCCUUUUCCCAGAUUUAUUUAUUUAUUGUCUGCGUUGGUACGAGUCAUGGCCAUACCAUUUCGAGAAGAAAGCACAAUCUUAUUUUUUUUUUUAUCCCCCCAAAAUAAUAGUUUUCCAACGAAAGAUUAUUAUCUUCUACAUUCGAUUCUACAUUUUCUCCACCGAGCGAAGUAAGUUUUCUUCAUCGAAUCGAGUAUUCAUCGAGUGGGAUCGUUUGAGGGAAUAUCGAUCGGGGGACGCGCAGCGAUGUCGAUGCGAAGGACGACGAGUGGUUUAUUUUUAUCGUUUUCGAGGAAGCGGACGAGGAGGAGGAAAGAGAGAGAAGAACAAGCGGCGUUUUCGAAAUGUUGUAUAUACACGCGCGUGUACAAACACGUGACACGUACAUACGCGUGCAUUACAUACGGAUUGCAUUUCUCCUACACACAUGUACACGUACACAGAGUUAAUCCGACCGCGGCGUUAUCGACUUUGCCUUCAAGGUUUUUCUACCCCUGUUGACGCUACCCCUUUUUUUCCUUCGAGCAAUUUUUUUUAAUCGAAUUAAAAAACACGCGCAUACACACACACAUACACAGACAGACACAUGCACAGACACGCGCGCGCGUACGUGUUCCCCUCCGGUGGCGAUGCUUCUUUGUUUUGUUUUGCACGUUUCUUUCGUUUCUACUCGAAACCGUGUAAAAAAGGAGAGAAAAACGAAACGAUAGAAGAGGAAAAUUAUUAUAUAUAUAUAUAUAGGAGAGAACAAAGGAGAGCGAGGGGAAUUAAUAACGAAAGGGAAAUAAAAUGAAAUGGAAGUAGGAGAUGAAAGGACAGAAGAUCGAUGUUCGCGGAAUUGAGAGAAAGAGAAAUUUAAAAAAGAAAGGAAAAGAGGAGGAAAUGGAACAGACUGAAGGGCGGAAGUUCGAAAUCGAAAUAGGAGGCGGCUCGUGGUGAGUUUCUGAGAAUUUUUGGAAAUUCAAACAACGUAUAACUCGUUUUCGAUUGAGAGCACUUUCUUUUUUUUUUUCAAUUGCUUAUAAGAACAACAAAAAAGAGGAAGUAAGAAGUAAAAAAAAAAAAAAAGGAAAAGAAGAAGAAGAAGAAGAACCCACGAGAGAUAUCGGGCUGGAUGAAAGAUCGAAGGAUCGAUGACGAACGAAUUAGGUAUGUGCGAAAACAAUAAAAGAAAACUAAUAGAAAUACAAUUCUGAGUGCCACCUAAUACCGAAUAAAACUGCAAUGUCCUUUAUACAGACAACCAAAAAGAAAAAAGAAAAAAAAAAAAAGAAAAAAAAAAG